AUGGCUUCCUUUUCCUCUUGUAGAGCUUCAUCAGUGCUUCUAUUGUCCAUCCUCAUGACCGCUGUACUUGCAGUCUCAGCUGACAAUUUUUACCAAGAUGUUGACAUCCCUUGGGGAGAUCAACGGGGUAAGAUACUUGAGGGCGGCCAACUUCUCACACUUUCUCUUGACAACUAUUCCGGUUCUGGUUUCCAAUCUAAGAACGAUUACCUAUUUGGAAGGUUUGACAUGAAAAUCAAGCUUGUAUCUGGCAACUCUGCUGGCACUGUCGCCACUUUCUUUUUGUCUUCAGCAGGCUCGGCGCACGAUGAGAUCGACUUUGAGUUCUUGGGCAACGUGUCUGGGCAGCCUUAUAUUGUCCACACAAAUGUUUACGCCAAAGGCAAAGGGGACAAAGAAGAACAGUUUUAUAUGUGGUUCGACCCAACAAUGGCUUUCCACACCUACACAAUCGUUUGGAACCCUCAACGCAUCAUAUUCUUGGUGGACAACAUUCCACUAAGAGUAUUCAACAACAAUGAAGCCAUUGGUGUUCCCUUCCCCAACAACCAACCCAUGAGGGUCUACGGCAGCCUAUGGAAUGCGGACGAUUGGGCAACGCAAGGUGGACGGGUGAAGACCAAUUGGACACAAGCUCCUUUCAUAGCAUACUACAAGAAUUUUAAUGCCAAUGCUUGUUUUCAGUCGGCAUCUGGAUCAUCAGCUUCAACUUGUGGUUCUUCUUCUAAUUCUUUAACCACCCAAGCAUGGCAAACUCAAGAACUUGAUGCUAAGGGCAGAAAUAGACUUCGAUGGGUGCAACAGAAAUAUAGGAUUUAUAACUACUGUACUGAUGUGAAAAGGUUUCCUCAAGGGCUCCCCGUCGAAUGCAAGCGUUAGAGGCUCCUCUACGACUCCAGAUUGUUU